UUUGCAAAAUGCUCACAAAUAUCGUCCACUGGUGUAAACAUUAGUGCAUGAAUAUUCAAUAACCUUUCCUGUGGUUUUGGGCACAAAAUACAUUUCUCAUUACUAAUAUUCACACUACUAAAGGAAUUGCUAGUUGUUGUAAGUUCAUAUUGCUCAUCACAAUUUGAACUGCAUCGAGACAGUUGAAUCAAUCAUUCUUUUUGACAUGGAUGCUGUUCUUUCUCAUUAUCUCCCCCCGUGUCUUAGGAACUCUCAUUGUACUGAAGUAUCCGUACCCUUGGAGAGUGGAGGAGCCAUCCAUCUAUGAAUCUGUGCGGGUUCACACAGCUCUGCAGACUGGGCGCACAGAAAAUGAUCUUGUGCCAAACGCUCCCUCACUCGGUACAAAGGAAGGCUAUCUACUGAAACAAGGAGCAGUUGUGAAGAGCUGGAAGCAAAGAUGGUUCACACUAAGAAGAAAUGAACUGAAGUACUUUAAAGACCAAAUGUAUGAGGAGCCCAUUCGAACCCUGGACCUGAAGGCAUGCUCUGCAGUACAGUUUGACUACUCUCAAGAAAGAAUCAACUGUUUCUGUCUUGUGUUUCCCGAGAGAACAUUUUAUCUCUGUGCAAAGACUGGUGUGGAGGCAGAUGAGUGGAUCAAGAUUCUCAGAUGGAAAUUGGUGAGCUUUUCUAUGCUUCGUUUUGCACACCGUGCUGUGAGAAACUACUUGAAGACCUCUCUUGUAUUGGUGCAGUUCUCAGACCAAUACAUGCAGUCCAAAAAAUACCACAGCACUUCCGGAGCCUCAAUUGAGUAUUAGGGGAAGUUGUACCAAAGUUCAUGAAUACGUUUAAGGAAGUUCUAGUGUCUAAUAGAGCAUUUGCACUACCAUCAGCACAAAACAUUUGAAAAGUCAUGUCUUGCAAAUGUCCCUUGCGCAAAGUUUAACCAACAUCUUUUUUUUUUCAACAUGUUGCUUGAUUCAACACUAUCCCUCAAAAGGGAUUUCACCUUUUUUUUCCUAGUCCCAGGCACAUCAAUGAGAGUGACCAGAUUGGAACAUCACUGCAGAACACUCCAAAGUGAAGUGGGUACACUCUUCCUUGAUUAGACUGACUGUGAGGCCAUGAUAUCAUAUUUUGUGACAACAUCUUAUUAAAAUUACCCUCAUAAUAUUCUUUGAUUUUGCUUAAAGAUGAUACGUCUAAAUCGGAUAUGUCCAGCUCUGGGCCUCAUGGGCUGCUGUCACGCCUGUUUUCAUUCGCUUCCUGCUGCAACAAACCUGAUUCAAAGGAUCAGCUCAACAGCAAGCUCUGAGGAAGCAUGAGACCGCGAUCCUCAUCAGCUAUGUUGCAGCAGGGACAGA